AUGAGACAAUCAAGCCAAACAAUUAUAACAAAGGGCUCACAGAAUGAUUUACAAAAUCCACCUAAAUCAUCAGCUGAACUGUUAGGUAGAGUGACCAUCGGUCGAUUAGAACCCAGUGGUUCCGCUUUGAAUAUUUCUGGACAUGUUCAAAGUCAAGAUAUGCCACUGGAUCGUUUUAUAACACACAACAUGACUAGAUUCUACUACCCACCACCUGGCCAAGGUGAUGGAGACCGAGGACAUAUUCUCUUUAAUACACAACCUCUCAAAGAAACAGCAACUUCAAGAUCAGUUAGACUACAUUAUCUUGAACCACAAACGCCAUCAACUUAUAAAUCGGGUACCGAUGAUCCCUACCAAUCAAAAAGUAUUGUGGCAAGAGAUACACUUCUCAGACGGACGACGAAGAAUAUUAUGUGA